GAAAAAAGGACUUGAGCACUCUAGACAACAGCGACAGCGUUUCGGUCCUGAGAGGUUCAUAAGAGACUAAGAUGUCAUUUAGUUGCUGGUUGUUGUGCAUCUAUUCCCUCUGGCUUAAAGUAUCUCCAACUGAGGGCAAGUCAUGGAAUGCUGAGGUUCCUCAAUCUGUGAAUGGCCUUCAGGGCUCAUGUAUAGUGAUUCCCUGCCUGUUUAGUUACCCUGGUGCAGAAAGGAAAUCGUCAACCUUCACAGGAAUGUGGUCCACAGCAUCUAAUGAAAAUGUCUACCAUUCCACUUCAUCCAAAAUCAGCAAAACAUUUGAGCAUCGCACAAGCCUCUUGGGAGAAUUAAGCCAUCGAAACUGCUCUCUGAAAAUAGACCAUUUGCGUCAUACUGAUAGCGGCCAAUUAAUGUUCCGGAUUGAGAUUGAACAUUUCGACAAGUACACAUUCCAUGAAAGUAAAGUGUCUAUUACAAUAAAUGAUUCUCCAGGUCAACCUACUCUAUCCAUCCCACAAGAACUUAGUUCACGGAAAAGGGUGACAGCCAGCUGUAUAGUGUAUCACUCAUGUCCCUCUAAUCCACCCAACUUUACCUGGAGCCACAAAGGAACAAUUAGCAGCCAAUCGCUGCAGCAAACCAAUGGCCAGUGGAAAAUGACAUCGUCUCUGAGCUUUACACCCUCAAAAACAGACCAUAAUAAAACUCUCAGCUGCACAGCUGUUUUUCACGGAGGCAAGAAAGCUACCAAAAUGACAACUCUAGAAGUAAAAUAUCCUCCAGAAGAUGUUUCCGUCAUUUCAACGGACUCAGUGGCCGAGGGCAGCGAGGUGAACAUGACCUGCUCCAGUGACAGUAAUCCUGCUUCUCAUUCAUACUACUGGUAUAGUGAGGCUGGGACCUUGCUGUCAGAAGGACACACUUUCACACUGAAGAAUGUGUCCAGACACAUAGGAACCAUCUAUUGUACAGCCAAUAACACAGAGGGAAACACUAACUCCAGUCCAACACAGCUCAAUGUAUUGUAUCCUCCUGAGAUUAAAACGGGCUUAUCUUGUACUUUGGGAACCUCAGGAAUGACCUGUCAGUUUGCAAUAGAUUCUCAUCCCGCCAGUGAAAUCAAGUUGUGGGGUGCAGAUCCAUCAUCAGAGCUCCAAACUCACGAAGAAAAACACGGCACUCUGACUAUAGUGACCCUACAGGAGGCGCUAGGCUUCUCUGACACUGUGCACUGCCAAGCCACUAACAGCCAAGGGAACUACACCAUGACUUUUCAAGUGCCAUACAACCAUGACAAAAGCAUGCUACUGUACAUAUCAUACGCUGCCAUCAUUUUUGCGAUGAUCAUGAUAGUGGGCUUCUCUGUGUGGAUAAUAAAACGCUGUAGGAGGACUGAAGUUCCCUUAACACUACAGCCAAAGACGGAAAUGAAUGCAAGCAGCCAGUCUGAGCCAAAAAGGAAAUGUUCAGAUGUGAACCCAAGCUAUGACGACAGUCAGCAUGUGUACGGCAACAUGACACUUGAAGAGCCAUAUGAAGAGGAGUAUCCCUAUGAAUAUGCUAGUGAAUACGAAGAAACAUAUGCUAAUGUGUGAACGCCAAAGAAAUUUGUUCGGUGAAGGAGUAAAAGAUGAUGAAUUUUUUUAAAGUAUACAUUUUUUAAUUAUAAGUAAGUAUUUGAAUUUAUCCUUGAACAUAAUGUAAUUUAUUAGAUUACAAUAACAUAAUAUAUAUUAUACAGUAACAAUCAAAUUAUAGUACAGGUUCAAUAAAUAAAAAAAAAAAUCUUACAAAUACAUUUUUCAUAUAGUCUGCUUUUAGAUGCUGCAUAUAUAUUUUUUUGUAUUUCAAGUCUUAUAGUACAUUAUUUCAGUAUGAUUAUUUUUUGUUUGCAUGAAUUUAACCAUAAUUUUGCCAUAACUAAUCUAAUGGUUAAUUGCAUUUAAUGUUCUGAAUGACUAAAACAGGAUUAUUAAGAAUGCAUUGCUAAGAAGACAUUGCACAUUUCUAAAAUAAAUACUUAAAUAGAGAAGAA